AUGCAAAUUCUAGAUACAAUUUUAAAUAUCGUUCUUUCACUUGGAACUGCGUCACGCACCUCCUUUCUAUCUAUCAAUCUAUCUAUCCGGCUGUUCAUAUCUAUCUAUCUAUCUGUUUAUUCAUAUCUAUCCCGGUCUGUUACUAUCUAUGAUCAUAUCUAUCUGUCUAUCUAUCUGUUGGUUCAUAUCUAUCUAUCUAUCUCGGUCUGUUACUAUCUAUCUAUCUAUCUAUCUCUCUCUCUCUCUUUCUCUCUCUCUCUCUCUCUGUUAACUUCUUCUUCGUCCGCCCUGCAACUCUUCUCGCCAAGGUCCGGACUCUUCUCUCUGCCGUCUGGGGAACUCAACUCUUCUCGCUGCCGUCCGAGACUGACUCUUCUCUCUGCCUUCCGGGGAACUCUAACUUCUCUCUGUCUGGCCUGCAAUUCUUCUGCCUGUCUGGCCGGCAACUCUUCUGCCUGUCUGGCCUGCCAAUCUUCUGCCUGUCUGGCCUGCAAUUCUUCUGCCUGUCUGGCCUGCAACACUUCUGCCUCUCUUCUGCCUGUCUGGGCCUGCAAUUCUUCUGCCUGUCUGGCCUGCAAAUCUUCUUUCUUCGGCUUCAGCGCUGCAAAUUCUCUGCCUUCAACCUGCAUAAAAACAACAAUCUAUCUAUCUAUCUAUCUAUCUAUCUAUCUAUCUAUCUAUCUAUCUAUCUAUCUAUCCCAGUGUAUUAAUUAUCUAUCUAUCUAUCUAUCUAUCUAUCUAUCCCAGCUGUUCAUAUCUAUCUAUCUAUCUAUCUAUCUAUCUAUCUAUCUAUCUAUCUAUCUCAGUCUGUUCAUAUCUAUCUCAAUUUCUUUUUCUAAUCUAUCGAUCUCAAUCUGUUCAUUAUCUAUCUAUCUAUCUAUCUAUCUAUCUAUGUAG